AAAAAAAAAAAAUUAAUAUUAAAUUUAAAAUCUUAAGAAAACUUAUCUGAAUUUUUACGAACAUAAAAAUAAUUUUAUAACAAGGAAUAUUUUAAACCGAUUAUGAAAAGUCAACCAGGCGGAUCUGAAACGCUGAUUGAUUCUCCAUAUAAUAAUGUGGAUGAAUCAACAUUAUCAGUAAAAAAAUCUAAUAAAAAUUUUUUGGGUAAAUUACCUUCAUCUAAAAUAACAACAGCAACAACAGCUGCAGCUGUAACAACAUUACCAUCAUCACGUUUACUUGGUGGUAAAUUUUUAGUUACACGUGUACUCGAAGAUUCAUUUCCAAUUUCACCAUCAUCUAAUUCAUUACCAUCAUUUGAUAUUGAUGACACUAAACAUGGAUUAAGUAACAGUUUUGAUGAAAAAAAUGAAAGUUUAAAAUUAAAAAAUAAAUUAUUAUUGCCAAAUGAUGCUUUUAUGAUACGUCAUAAUAAUAGUCAAAGAAAUUUUGGUCAUUUAUUAGAAAAACCACCAUAUAAACUUUUAUCACAAGAUAGUGGUAUCGAAAGUGUUGAUGGCCAUAAUGAUGAUUUUCAAAGAAGUGGUAUUAUUGUCGAAGAAAUUAUUAAGCAUAAAAAGCGUAUUCAUAUUAAUUCAACAUCAAAUGGAACAAAUUCAAAUUCAUCGACACCGCCAUCAUCAUCCUCCUUGAAUAAUUCCAAUGAAUAUAUUACAUUAAAAGAGAUUAAAUCUUCAUCAUUAUCUGAUGAAGAAAACAUAGAAAAUCAAAAUUCGAAUGAUAAUAAUAAUAAAAAAUCUGAAAAAAUUAAAAUUGAAAUUGAUAAUUUUGAAACAGAUUGUAAUAUUAUAAAAGAAAUUAAUGAAGCAACUACAAGUACAGAAACAUCAGCAACAACUACAACCACAUCAUCAUUAACUUCAUCAGAUAAAUCAAAUGAAUCAACAACAACAAAUGCACCGGAAAAUAUUGAAAAUUCAACUAAUUUAAAUGAUUUUCCAAUAUUAUUUACAACGAAUUCAUUAAUGGAUGAUGUUACCAUUGAUCCAAAAUUAAUAAAUCGCAAAGAUGGUCUUGAAGAUUCAAUGUAUUAUUUAGAUGAAUUUGGAAGUCCACAAUUAAAAGAGAAAUAUUUUUUAAAGCAAAAAAUUAAAGAGGCAAAAAUUCUAAGGAAGAAAGCCAAAGAAUUAGAAAAGGCUGAAAGAAAAAUUCUAAAAGAACAAAAAAAAUUAAAUAGGAAAAAAAGUUUAUCAAAACCAUCCCCACCAUUAAAAGUCAAUGAGGAAUGUGAAAAAGAUGCUGAACUCAAUGAAAAUCAAUUACAAAAUGAAGAGAAAAAAAAAUCUGAAAUAAGUGAUUGUGAUAAAAUUAAUGAUAAAAGUGAUAAAACUAACUGUGAUAAUCAAAAUUCUACUAAUAAUAAAAUAAAUACUAGUAAUAAAGAAGAUAAUAGUGUAGUAAUAAGUAAUAAUAAUGUUAAGGAAAAUCAACAAACAGAUUUAAUUUUUGAAGAAUCGAAUGGAAUAAUAGCUAACAGGACAACAAGUUGCGUUAGUUGGACAAAAAUAUGCAAUAAAUUCAAAAAUAUUUUAAGCAAAGAUGGAUCAAAAAUAACUACUGUUGUUGCAACACCUGGGCAAGGUGCGGAUCGUGUUCAAGAAGUAUCUUAUACAGACACAAAAGUAAUUGGAAAUGGAAGUUUUGGUGUUGUGUUCCAAGCGAAAUUAUGCGACACUGGUGAAUUGGUUGCCAUUAAAAAAGUUCUACAAGAUAGACGAUUUAAGAAUCGCGAACUUCAAAUAAUGAGAAAAUUGGAACAUUGUAAUAUUGUUAAACUAUUAUAUUUUUUUUAUUCGAGUGGUGAGAAGCAAGCCGACUUUCCAAUUGAUUUAGGAAUAUUUGCACCGAUAUUAAAGCCACAGAGAGACGAAGUGUUUUUGAAUUUAGUACUCGAAUAUAUACCAGAAACCGUAUACAAAGUUGCGCGUCAGUAUGCCAAAACUAAGCAAACAAUACCAAUAAAUUUUAUCAGGCUCUAUAUGUAUCAAUUAUUCAGAAGCUUGGCAUACAUACAUUCAUUGGGUAUUUGUCAUCGCGAUAUCAAACCACAAAAUUUGUUACUGGAUCCUGAAACGGCUGUGCUUAAAUUAUGCGAUUUUGGUAGCGCUAAACAAUUAUUGCAUGGCGAACCGAAUGUUUCUUACAUAUGCUCUAGAUAUUAUCGUGCACCAGAAUUAAUAUUUGGUGCAAUUAACUAUACUACUAAAAUCGAUGUUUGGAGCGCUGGAUGUGUAUUAGCAGAGCUAUUACUUGGUCAGCCAAUAUUUCCUGGUGAUUCUGGUGUCGAUCAAUUGGUUGAAGUUAUUAAAGUUUUGGGUACACCAACAAGAGAACAAAUACGAGAAAUGAACCCGAAUUAUACUGAAUUUAAAUUUCCACAGAUAAAAAGUCAUCCAUGGCAAAAGGUGUUUCGUAUUAGAACUCCUCCAGAAGCUAUUAAUUUGGUGUCAAGGUUAUUGGAAUAUACACCAAGCGCUAGAAUUACGCCUUUGCAAGCUUGUGCUCAUCCAUUCUUUAGUGAAUUACGUGAUGGUAAUCAGACAUUACCAAAUGGUCGUGAUCUACCACCACUAUUUAAUUUUACAGAGCAUGAAUUAUCAAUACAACCCACAUUAAUACCGCAAUUAUUACCAAGAUCACAACAAAAUGAUGUGUCAAGAGGAGCAUCCGUUUCAGCUUCUGGCUCAAAUGUAUCUAGUGGUCCAGCAACACCAGGUCAAGUUGCUUCAGGUACAGGCAAUGCAUCAAAUGUAGUAUCAACUGGAAAUUCUACACCAGGUGGAAGUGGUGGUGGAGCAACAGGUUCAUCAACAAAUAUUAGCGGUACCGGUGGUGGUGGAAAUUCAUCAUCUGGUGGUGGUGUCGGUGGUAAUAAUGCAUCAAAUAUUUCAUCAUCUGCAACACAAGAACAUGCAAAUAAUUCUAAUCAAAGUAGUUCGGGUGGCGGCGGUAAUAAUAGUACCACUAAUGUCGGUAAUAGUAGUGGAGGAUCUCAACAAAUAUCAUCAUCACAACAACAAACAGCGACGACAAUGGGUUAGCUAGCUUAUUUUAGGGCUAAAUUCAAAAAUAUUAAUUAUAUUAAAUUAAUUAUGAUUAUUAUUAUUAUUAAUAUUAUUAUUAAAAUUAUUAUUAUUAAUAAACUAAUAAUACUAAAACAGAAAUCAAAACAAAAAAAAUUUCAAAAAAAAAAAAAUACUUAUUAUUAUAUAAAUAAAUAAAAAUGAAAAAAAAAAACCAUAAUAAGAACAAAACGUUAAAAAUAGAUAAAUACGUUUGUGUAUAAUCUAUAUGCACACACACAUAAUAUGUAUAUAUGCAUAUAUUAUAAUAAACGUUUAAAAAUUAUGUAUAAAUA